ACCCUUCCGCUCGCCGGAGCGGAGAUCGCGGCCGUACAUUUUAGAAGAGUGUCAUCAAUUCCCUCAGAGUUGAGCUGGGGUUAUCACUCUGCAGAGCCAAGCCAAGACUGCGAAGUCGUCCACCAGCCCCUCUCAGCAAUUUGUCCCACUCCAGUUAAGCGGGGAAAACCUCCUCCCCCACCGCCACCCACUUAUUUUGUUUGGUAGUGUAAUUCAAUAGACGUUGGUUUAGGAAUGGGGAAGCCGGGAGGAGAUGCAAAAACGUCCUGUUUUUUAGGAAUUUACAAUCUAAGUGGCAGUUCCGUUCCCGGAACCUAUCGUCUUUCGCAGACGCCGUUCCAGCUGUUCCAAAGAUUGCUGGUUUUGAAAACACUCAGUCCCUCCCACCACGCUGUCCGCUGCUGCGCUCCACUCUGGGGAUUACGGCGCAGGGGCGGAACCUCGCUGACUUCUGCCCCGGAAGUUUUUCUCUCAGUGGAAGCGCGCACGUUGAGUCGGCUUUUCUACUGCAUCGGCCAGGCUACCUUGGGAUCAUGUCUUCCAAGAAGAACAGAAAGCGGCUGAACCAAAGCGCGGAAAAUGGUUCGCCCUUGCCCUCUGCUGCUUCCUCUUGUGCGGUGGCACGGGCUCCUUCUGCUGGAUCAGAUUUAGCGGCAGCCGCCGGGACUCUGACGGUGACCAACUUCUUAGAAAAGGUAGAUGACAGAAUUCCUAAAACAUUCCAGAAUUCCCUUAUUCAUCUUGGACUCAACACUAUGAAGUCUGCAAAUAUAUGUAUAGGUCGACCAGUGUUGCUUACUAGUUUGAACGGAAAGCAAGAGGUCUAUACAGCGUGGCCUAUGGCAGGAUUUCCUGGAGGCAAGGUUGGCCUGAGUGAAAUGGCACAGAAGAAUGUGGGUGUGAGGCCUGGUGAUGCCAUCCAAGUCCAGCCUCUUGUGGGUGCUGUGCUACAGGCUGAGGAAAUGGAUGUGGCACUGAGUGACAAAGAUAUGGAAAUUAAUGAAGAAGAACUGACUGGUUGUAUUCUGAGAAAACUAGAUGGCAAGAUCGUUUUACCAGGCAACUUUCUGUAUUGUACAUUCUAUGGACGACCGUACAAGCUGCAAGUACUGCGAGUGAAAGGGGCAGAUGGCAUGACAUUGGGAGGACCUCAGAGUGACUUUGACACUGAUGCCCAAAGAAUGGCCUUUGAACAGUCCAGCAUGGAAACCAGUAGCCUGGAAUUAUCCUUACAGCUAAGCCAGUUAGAUCUGGAGGAUACCCGGAUCUCAACAUCAGGAAGUACUCCUUGUAAACCAGUUGAUGACAGAAUUACAAAUAAAGCCAGUGAUGUUUUGGAUGUUACACAGAGCCCUGGAGAUGGCAGUGGACUUAUGCUAGAGGAAGUCGCAGGUGUUAAAUGUAGUUUUGAAUCUGCCAGAGAAGGAAAUGAGCAACUUACCGAAGAAGAGAGACUGCUAAAGUUCAGCAUAGGAGCAAAGUGCAGUACUGAUACUUUUUAUUUUAUUUCUUCAACAACAAGAGUCAAUUUUACAGAGAUUGAUAAAAAUUCAAAAGAGCAAGACAACCAAUUCAAAGUAACUUAUGACAUGAUAGGAGGCUUAAGUAGCCAGCUGAAAGCAAUUAGAGAGAUAAUUGAAUUGCCCCUCAAACAGCCUGAGCUUUUCAAGAGUUAUGGAAUUCCUGCCCCUAGAGGAGUGUUACUUUAUGGUCCUCCAGGUACUGGAAAAACAAUGAUCGCCAGGGCUGUUGCUAAUGAAGUUGGAGCCUAUGUUUCUGUAAUUAAUGGUCCUGAAAUUAUAAGCAAAUUCUAUGGUGAGACUGAAGCAAAGUUACGUCAGAUAUUUGCUGAAGCCACUCUACGACACCCGUCAAUUAUUUUUAUUGAUGAGCUGGAUGCACUUUGUCCAAAAAGAGAGGGGGCCCAGAAUGAAGUGGAAAAAAGAGUUGUGGCUUCACUCUUAACACUGAUGGAUGGCAUUGGUUCAGAAGUAAGUGAAGGACAAGUGUUGGUUCUUGGGGCCACAAAUCGCCCUCAUGCCUUGGAUGCUGCUCUCCGAAGACCUGGGCGAUUUGAUAAAGAGAUUGAGAUUGGAGUUCCCAAUGCUCAGGACCGGCUAGAUAUUCUCCAGAAACUGCUUCGAAGGGUACCCCAUUUGCUCACUGAGGCUGAGCUGCUGCAGCUGGCAAAUAGUGCUCAUGGAUACGUUGGAGCAGACUUGAAAAUCUUGUGUAAUGAAGCGGGUCUCUGUGCCUUGCGGAGAAUCCUGAAAAAACAGCCUAACCUCCCUGAUGUCAAGGUGGCUGGACUGGUGAAGAUUACUCUGAAUGAUUUCUUGCAGGCAAUGAAUGACAUCAGACCCAGUGCCAUGAGGGAAAUAGCAAUUGAUGUCCCAAAUGUAUCCUGGUCAGAUAUAGGAGGACUGGAAAACAUCAAACUGAAGUUGAAACAGGCUGUGGAAUGGCCCUUAAAACAUCCAGAGUCUUUCAUUCGAAUGGGUAUUCAGCCACCUAAAGGAAUUCUUCUGUAUGGGCCACCUGGGUGCUCUAAAACAAUGAUAGCAAAGGCUUUGGCCAAUGAGAGUGGACUGAAUUUUCUAGCUAUAAAGGGACCUGAAUUAAUGAAUAAAUAUGUUGGUGAAUCUGAAAGAGCAGUUAGAGAGACCUUCCGAAAAGCAAGAGCAGUGGCGCCUUCCAUUAUUUUCUUUGAUGAAUUGGAUGCCUUAGCAGUUGAAAGGGGCAGUUCUUUAGGUGCUGGUAAUGUGGCUGAUCGUGUUUUGGCUCAGCUCUUAACAGAAAUGGAUGGGAUUGAACAGCUAAAGGAUGUGACCAUUUUGGCAGCUACUAACCGCCCAGAUAGGAUAGACAAGGCUUUGAUGCGACCUGGAAGAAUUGAUAGAAUCAUCUAUGUGCCUUUACCGGAUGCAGCAACAAGAAGGGAAAUAUUUAAGCUGCAGUUUCACUCCAUGCCUGUCAGUAAUGAAGUUGACCUGGAUGAACUCAUCCUUCAAACUGAUGCAUACUCAGGAGCAGAGAUUGUAGCCGUCUGCAGAGAGGCAGCUCUUCUGGCUCUGGAAGAAGACAUUCAAGCCAAUCUCAUCAUGAAAAGACAUUUCACUCAGGCCUUGAGCACUGUGACACCUAGAAUUCCUGAGUCAUUGAGACGUUUUUAUGAAGAUUAUCAAGAGAAGAGUGGGCUGCAUACACUCUGAGAAAAUAUAUAUAUUCAAAAUGAUGAAAAUCCUUUCCAGAGAAAAUUUGUUUCUUUUUAAAAUUUUUUGAGUGUUAAAAAAAUUUUUUACUAGGCAAAAUGUUUGAAUUAUAUUCAGUAGAAUUUAGGGGCUUUGGUUCUUACGGGUUUUCAACUCAUGUAAGUACAGUGACAAUAUCUCUGAGCAUAAGUUUCAAUUAGUUUUAUCUGGAAAUUUGUGGUGCGGUUUAAAAAUCAAAUGUUUAGCGUUUUCAUUUGUGACCUAGUCUGUUCAUCCCAUGAAGCAAUUUCUUUUUCCAGAAUCUGUUUGAGUGUCUUUCUAAAAAUCUGUUUUUGAGUGUCUUUCUAAAAUGCCAAACGUGUUGGCAUCAAUUUUAUACAGGGAUAUAAAAAAAUGUAUGUGGAUAAAUUUUUUUUAAUCUUUAUUUUUGAAGGCCAGUCAGUAAUUUGGCCCAAUGUGCCAGCCAGGCUUAUGUGGCCUUGUUUUCAAAUAUGCAUAUAUGUGUUAUUAAAAUUCACAGAUGCAUUUUUGCUUUAGUCUUCUUAAUCUCUACCUAUGGCCAAAAAAUUUUUUUGAGAGAUAUUUUGAAUAAUACAAUGCCCUUUGAAAGUUAGAAAACAAAAUGUAAGUGUAAGCCCACUCUAAGCCUAGAGCAGUAGGCUUGGGAUUUUGUUGUUACUGUUUUGUCUUGUUUUUUUGUUUGUUUGUUUGUUUUUGAGACAGAGUCUCACUCUGUCACCUAAG